AGAGACAGCCCAAGGUAAAUCUUCUCCACUCGUCGUACAGAAGGACAGACGGAGCAUCUUUCCCCUCCCAGAGACCGCCACCAUGAGUCGCUCCCCGGAGAGAAUGUCGUCGUACCGCCGCCACUUUGAGGACACCAGCGCCACGUCUAUCCAGGUCCGGAUGGCCAGCCCUUCUCCUGUCAGGAGGCAGGAUGGCCGGCAAGCCUCGGCCAGCUACUCCCGAAGCCUGGCCACCACCAAUAGCAUGAGGGCCGAGGGGCGUCGCACCGUGUCCGCGGCACGCAAAACCCGCACCACGGGUCCCGGUGGCGGGACUCUGUGCGUUGGCUUUGGUGGCGAGAAGGCCAUCGACCUGGACGUGGCCGCCGCAGAGAACCAGGAGUUCCUCGCCACGCGCAGCGGCGAGCGCAAGGAGAUGGUCGUGCUCAACGACAGGCUGGCUGCCUACAUCGAAAAGGUCCGCUCCCUGCAGCAGCAGAAUGCCCUGCUGGAGACGGAGAUCGAGGCCUACCAGAACCGGUUCCAGAAGCCAUCGGGUCUGAGGCUGCUGUACGAGGAGCAGCUGAAGGAGAUGAAGAGAGUCGCGGAUCAGAUGAAGGUCCAGAGGGAACUGGCGCUUGCGGCCAAGCAGGCCAUGAGUGGCCAGCUGGAGGCCAUCAAGAUCAGGUACGAGGAGGCCGUGGAGCUGAGGAGGAAGGCUGAGCUGGAGAUCGAAGCCUUCCGUCCGGACGUGGACGCGGCCACCUCCACCCGCAUUGUUCUGGAGAAGCGUCUGGAGCAGCUGGAGGUGGAGAUCGAGUUCCUGAAGAGGGUUCACCAGCAGGAAAUCGAGGAGCUGCUGAAGCAGAUCUAUGCGGCUCAUGCCCAGGCUCAGAGUGCUUUCGCCCUGCCGGACCUCUCGGCUGCACUCAAACAGAUCCAGAGUCAGUACGACGACAUCGCAGCCAAGAACCUGAAGGAAAUGGAUAACUGGUAUCAAUCGAAGUUCGAGGAUAUAAGCAAUAAAACGACGAAAAGCGUGGACAAGGUCCGGAACGUCCGGCAGGAGAUAACAGGCGCCAAGAAAGAAAUCCAGAACAAGGAGCGUGACAUGGAGUCUCUGAGGACCAAAGGGGACGCACUGGAGGCCCAGAUCCGAGAGACCCAGGAGCGACACAAGAAAGAGCUGGAGGACAUGCAGGCCCGCAUCCAAGCCCUUCACCUGGAGCUGAAGUCCACCAAGGAGAAAAUCGCACUGCAUCUGAGGGAGUACCAGGACCUGCUGAACAUGAAGAUGGCUCUCGAGAUCGAGAUCACCACCUACAGGAAGCUGAUUGAGGGCGAGGACUCUCGCCUCUCCACCAUGGUGCAGAGCAUGUCUCUGAUGAGCAGCAGUAUGACUGCCAUCGGUAGUGGAAUGAGCAUGGGCUUUGGAGGAGGGAUGGGAGGAGCAGGAAUGGGAGGAGGAGGAAUGGGUGGAGCAGGAGGAGGAAUAGGAGGUGGAGGAGGAGGAGGAAUGGGAGGAGUGGGAGAUGGAGGAAUGGGUCAAGGAGAUAUGAGUAAAGGAGGCUAUGGUGCUGGAUUAGGUGAAGGACUUGGAGCUGGGAAUAUUGGAGGUGUUGGAGGUGUUGGAACUGGAAUGGGUGGACCCAAUGGUUCUGGAAUUGGAAAUGAUGUUGGUGGAGUAGGAGGAGGAAUAGGUGGUGGAGAAGGAAUGGGAGGAGGAGCAGGAGGAGGAGGAGGACUGGGUGGAGGAGCUGGAGGAGCUGGAGAAGGAAGAAUGGGAGGAGGAGGAGGAGUAGGAGGUGGAGUAGGAGGAAUGGGAGGAGGAGUUGGAGGAGGAGUGGGUGGAGGAAGAGCAGGAGGUCCUGGGGUUGUGGCAGGAGGAAAUGGAGUGAAGGUGAACCGCUCCCAGCAGCAAGCGGUGGAGAUGACCGAGAGGAGAACCGUGCUGAUAAGGACGGUGAAGACAGACGAGGAUGUACUGGAGACAGACCAGCAGGAGCAGACCUACAUCAUCUCUGGAGCUGCCGAUGACUCUGAUGAGGAAUAGGCUGGGUGACCUUUUGGACACCCUCCUGCCCCUUUCCCGCCACCCCUCAAGCUUUUUCCUGAUGACCUGCAUCUGACCUUUGAUCUCUGACCUGGACACGAGGCUGUAGCCUUGACAACCCUUAUGUUAGGUCCAGAAGCCUCUUCUACGUUCUUAACAUAUCCCUUAAAACUGCUUACAAAUGAUUGUCUAUCCACAUCAAAUAAAGUUCUUAACAAUA